AUGAGUUGUGCCUUCUCGCCUCCCCAAGAGCCGACACUUGGCGCUGAGGUGCGUCGCAGAGCGAGGCUGCUGGGAGAGGGGUUGACAAACAUGACACCGCUUACCAUCCAUCGAAUUCCCCCCAACCCCAAACAUUGCUCAGCCUACACCCAGCAUUCCAUAUCAAACCUGGACCGAAUUCUCAAUGAACUGCGGAAUUCGGGACCGCCACGUCUCCCAACGGAUUAUUUCUCCAGCAAAACGCAGUCAGUGAAGGAUAGUGACAAAAUACAAAUGCUGUUUGUAAAAGCGAUCCUGCUAACGGGCAAAAGUGUGCAGCUCGAGACAGACGGACACCAGGCUUUUUUUGUCAUCAAAAUCCGGCAUGCCACCAUCCCAAAACUAUACAGCUCUGAAGACCAGCCAGGCUAUAACAUCAGUGCCUUGGUGACUAUAGCAACCAAGACAUUUCUGAGGUAUGACAAGCUGAGGGAACUGAUCUCGAGCGUUAGGAAAUAUUACCCCAAUGUCACCAUUGUCAUCGCGGAUGACAGCGACAAACCACAAAAGAUUGAAGGAGACUUCAUUGAGCAGUACUUCAUGCCAUUUGGGAAGGGUUGGUUUGCUGGGCGGAACUUGGCCAUUUCCCAAGUCACAACGAAAUAUCUGCUCUGGGUCGAUGAUGACUUCAUUUUUACCGCAAACACUAAGCUUGAAAAGCUGGUGAACAUUCUAGAGAAGACAACACUGGAUUUGGUUGGAGGGGCGGUGCGAGAGAAAACAGGGUUUGCCACCACUUUCCGCCACCAAAUCAGUGUGGAGCAAGGAGGAGAGGAGGGCGACUGCUUGCACACCCGCAUGGGCCACUACCACGUCCUGCGGGGCUUUCCAAACUGCGUGGUGACGGACGGCGUAGUCAAUUUCUUCCUGGCCCGCACAGACAAGGUGCAACGGGUGGGCUUUGACCCUCGGCUGACUCGGGUAGCGCAUUCAGAGUUUUUUAUUGAUGGACUGGGCAUUCUCCAUGUUGGCUCUUGUGAUGAUGUCACUGUGGACCACGCCACCAAGAUCAAACUGCCCUGGAGCAGUGUUGAUGAAAACGAGAAAACCUACAAAGAAUUCCGGUACCCCAAGUCAUCCGAGGCAAACGUCCAGCUGAAACACAGGCUGUUUUACUUGAAAAACAGAUUUAAGUGUAUGGUAAAGGACUAAAGGGACUGGCAACAAGGGGGAAGAGAAAAAAACUUCAAAACAAAUCUUUAAUGACAUGCCCAAAGCAGAGAGAGAUGGGAACUCAUCACAAAUUGAACAAAACACAUUGAUGUGUAGGAUUAGGGCCUGAAUUUCACAUAACAGUAGGAACUGCUACUCAUUCCAUCGUGUCAUUGGAGAACUCUCAGACUAGCUGGGUGUUUAGAAUGUAAAAUGAUUUGUCCAUGAAGGCUGCUAAAAGAAAAAUGCAAUUCCAGAACAGGCAAGUGAGAAAUCUCCCUUAAAUGGCUGAAUUGUAAAAGUGUUUGCAUUCCAAGUACCUUUCUGAGUUUCAAGACUGAGAAUUGCCUGCGAAGAGUAAUAUUCUGCAAUCACUCUGUUACCUCAAACAAGACCCUACCUGUACCCGAUACAGCUGCAGUAUGAGUCUGCCUCCCUUUUCGAAAUUUAACCACACAGCUGACUCUAAUAAUGUUGAUGCAGCUACAGUUGAUUGAUGAUCUAGUUGUCCUUUCAUCUGAUUUAGUGUCUAGCUGAUUAAUGCCAAUUGCUCCUGUAAUCAAAUGUUCAAAAUCCUGUAAUAACUGGCUAAAGUAUUGAGUCAAAAAACGAAUUGUUGCCUCCCUCAGAUUAAUCUGGUUCAAAGGCAGAUGAUGUCAAAGCU